AUAAUUAGAGCCCCACCACCCUACGUCCUUUCACGUCUUUCGAACGUUUGCGUCUGUGACUCGCACUUUUUGUCCACACUUACUCUCACUUACUACACUUUGCAACAUCACGUCUCAAACCUAGAAUAUCAACGUUACUGAGGCACCACUCCUUCACCAUGGCGCAUGACGAUUUCGAUGAUGACAUAGUCGACGAAUACAUAACACAAGCCACCGUUCCCCUUGAUGCUCCAAUAUCAAGACCAAAAAUCAGCUAUGGUCGUUUGCAGGAUCAGAUCUCCCCCCCGACCGGGUAUAACCCGCAAUCGACGUACUCUACACAACCCACGCAAUUACUAGGUACACCACCUCGGCGUGCACCAAACGUUCAAGUCGCUGCAUCAUCACCCUUCCAAAGUUCGCCUUACGCUGGAUCGACGCGCUAUGGCUACCAUUCUUCACAUUCAAGCCAGCACAUGCCGUCUCAGGAGACGCAGCGUCUGAUCCACUCAAUGGCUCCAAGAGGGACGUUUGUUGCUAUACCAAAAAACCGGAUAGUGGACGCGUCUCAAGGUGUCGCCCCUGGCGAAGACGAGCCAAUAUUAGCAGAAAAUUCAGAAGACGAGUUGAGCCGCAACGUAUCUCGUGCGAAUAUUCCCCGAACGUCUUUCAAAACAGGGUCCAAUCCACACAUAGUGCCAGAAACAUCUCGGUCCUUCGAUCCUAGUCAGUUCAUAUUCAAGGGAGUGCAGCGCAAACAGCAGCAGAAUCAGCAGCAGCAGAAUCAGUACCAGGUUCCCCAGAAGCGACAGCUUGACGACUCCGUUAGCGCAUAUGCAAAUGCAAGUUCUUCUAGCAAGAGGCGAUUAGAUCAUGGUAGACAGAUGGGCCCAGCGAGAGCUCAGCCAGUAGAAUGCGAAAUGAGCUUGGACGAUAUUCCCGAUUGGCAUACCCGUAAGCUUGUGGAAGAAGUUAGGGAUGUCACCCAUAAAUCCAUAAUCGAGUGUUACAAAGCAUUGCAAGAAUGUCGCAAUCAUUCACAAGACGCUAUGGACAAGCUGCUCAGCCAGUCCCCUUCACCGUCUCCUAAGCACUCAUCGGUCGCGGUAGAGGCACCUUCGAAGCCCACCAUGAAGCGCCAGGUAGUGGACAAAGGUAGCAUUACGCAAAAGUACAGCCGUCAGGGUGCGGCCCAAGGUAUGGCGAAUCGUCCGCGCAUUGUCCACACCAUACCAUCCUCCUCUCCACCAUUGCCAGUAAGCCCUCCUAAGAAGACUCUGAAACGACUGAAAAGGCGCCCGCGAGCAGCUUCUUCCUCUGACGUUGAAGCCGCCGAAACCAAGCUUACUUCUGUUAUCGAUAUCCUGUCCGAUGAAGAGCCGGUCAUAGUUGAAUCUAGCGAUGAUCAUGCGGCAGACGAUGUGCCGUACGAUUUCAAAGACAGGUUGCUCAAAUUCUUCAACAGCCGAGAUGCUCUUGAGAUUGCAGAUCUUGCCCAACAGACUAUAGAAGUGGCAGAGCUCAUAGUUUCGAAACGACCAUUUCGCAAUUUGUCACAGGUUAGGGAGGUUGCUUUGCCAAGUCCACCUGAUUCCGGCAAAGGCAAGAAGAGGUCAAAGCCGAAACCAAUAGGCGAGAGGAUUGUAGACGUAUGCGAGGACAUGCUGGCUGGUUUGGAGGCGGUAGAUGAGCUCGUCGACGCUUGCAACAGAGAGGGAAAUGCCAUUUCGAAAGAGCUUGGUAAAUGGGGCAUAAACGUCGAUGGUCUUGCUCUCGAAGGAGAAGUAGCCAUCACAUCGCUUGGCCCGUCCAGCGCGAAAGAUUCCGGUACAGGUACCCCUGAGCCUAGUAAGGAUAUUAUGACGGCAGACCUCCUAAAACAGCCAUCAAACAUGUCGAAAGACAUUGUUCUCAAGGACUACCAAUUAGUAGGCCUCAAUUGGCUCUCCCUUCUCUGGAAGUUAAAGCUAUCAUGCAUACUAGCUGACGACAUGGGUCUGGGCAAGACAUGCCAGGUGAUAGCUUUCAUAUCUCAUCUUAGCGAAACUGGUGUAGAGGGACCGCACCUCAUCAUCGUUCCUGGUUCGACGUUGGAAAAUUGGCUUCGAGAGUUUAAGACUUUCUCCCCAAAUUUAGUCGUGGAACCUUACUACGGUUCUUUAGCGGAGCGUGCAGAGCAACGUGAAACAAUCGAGCAGACUAUUGACCGCAUUAAUGUCGUUGUCACGACGUACGAUUGUGCGUGUCGGGAUCCUGACAACAAGUUUUUGAGGAGAAUCGGGGCAGAAGUUUGCGUUUACGAUGAGGGACACAUGUUGAAAAACAGUACCACAAAGCGAUAUCAGCAGCUAAUCCGUAUCAAGGCCAAGCAUCGUCUUUUACUGACGGGAACGCCGUUGCAGAACAAUCUUCAGGAACUGAUAUCAUUGCUCGCCUUCCUUAUGCCGGACACUUUUAUGGAGCAUCAAGAACAAUUGCUCCAUGUGUUCAAGCACAAGACCAAAAUCACCGAUUCGGAUCACUCCUCACUUCUUUCCCAAAAGCGAAUCCAAAGAGCACGAGCAAUGAUUGCUCCGUUUAUUCUUCGCCGAAAAAAACAACAAGUAUUAAAGCACCUGCCAGCUAAACAUCACCGGGUGGUGUACUGUGACCUUAGCGAGACACAGAAGAAACUUUACGAUGCACAACUUGCUCAACAGCGCAAAGUGCUCGAGGAUCGUGCCGCUGGUAUUGCGAACAACGAUCGCGCUCUGAAUCUAAUGAGGCUGCGACAAGCUGCAAUACAUCCUCUGUUGCUGCGUCAUAUCUACGAUGAUACUAAGCUCCGGAAGGUCGCCAAAGCACUUUGCACCGAUGAUAAACUUCCUGAUCGCAACGAGCAGUUGGUAUAUGAGGAUAUAGAAUACUAUUCUGAUUACGCAGUCCACCAACUUCUACUAAAAUUUCCGAGAAAGACUUCUCGGUUUAUGCUCAAAAAUUCGGAAUGCAUGAACAGCGGAAAGGUUGAGAAGCUUGCUGAGCUAUUGAAGACUUUCCAAACCAACGGCGACCGGGCGCUUAUAUUUAGUCAAUUCACGACUGUGAUGGACAUUCUUGAACAGGUCCUGGAAGAAUUGAACAUGCCAUUUCUCCGAAUGGAUGGGUCGACGCCCAUUCCUCAGCGGCAGGACAUGCUUGACGAGUUUUACAAGGACGAAAGCAUUCCCGUUUUCAUGCUGUCGACUAAGUCUGGUGGAGCAGGAAUCAAUCUGGCUUGUGCGAAUAAAGUCAUCAUAUUCGACAGCAGUUUCAAUCCUCAAGAUGACAUUCAGGCAGAGAAUCGGGCUCAUCGAGUUGGUCAGACUCGUGAAGUCGAAGUCAUUCGUCUAGUCACGAAGGACACGAUUGAGGAGCAAAUUCUCCGGCUAGGCUUGAGUAAGAUGGCGCUCGAUGACCGUGUUGCUGGUGAAGCAGAAGACAAGAAAGGGAAGGCGAUGGAAGAGAAAGGCAUGGAAUUGGUCGAGAGAAUGAUCAUGGGGGAGGAAGUGGAAGAGUUGACUGAGGUGAAGAGGCCCAAUGUUGUUGUCGAGUCCGAAGAGGACAGGACAAAUUCGAAGAAAAGCACAAAGUCUAAGGACAGCCCAAAGGAUGCCAAGGAUGCUUUUACAGAACUGCUUAAAAAGAAGGGCGUCUCGCUUGCGAAGUGAGCACCCUGUCAUUGUUGCAUAGGAAGGAGUCUUUCGUCGUCAAGUGGGUUAUUCAAAGCGCGCAUUUGAUCAUGGAUUAGUGUGCAUAGUGAUGGCGAUUGGACCUCGGAGCGUGCCUUCUCAAAUCAUGGAAGCAUAGAGCGCAA